AUGGCGACUCGCGGUACAGCUACGAAACGCGCGCGCGUGCCCUCCGCCAGCACCUCGCACCGCGUCCAACACGCCGAGCGUGAUGUCCAGUCACGCGCUGGAUCCGUCCAGGUUACAUAUACGACCCAGAACCAUGAUCGAUCGACCAGCCUGCCCACCGGAGAAGACUGGUUGUUUCGUGUCAAGGUCAUCUCGUCUGCAACAGACCUUGAUAAUGAGUUGUUCAAAAGCGCAGUACAGGGGCUAGUCCGGAUUUGCUUCCCUGAAGGCAUUCUAGAUCAGCUUGGGUCACAAAUCCUGGAGCAGCACAUGCGAGAAGAGAUGGCUCCAGAAGAUAACAUACGAAAGAUGACAGAGAUCUUCCAUACUGAGAUGACACGGCGUGUAGCAUCGCUGCUUGCUGAGCACCUUGACACGGUUACUAAGGUCGAAACGAUGGUGCAAGCUACAAUAGUAGCAAGUGCAAGGCUGCAUGAGAGUGGCCUCGGAGGUGAUAUUCUGGGACAUAUGAUUGCGAGUCUACUCCAACUUAAAGCAAAAGCUUCAGAAAACCCGACGGAUUGGUUGAAUAAAAUUGGGGAUCUACAAGAAAUGGUCGGUAGGGAUGAAGAUAUGGGCAACAUUAACGUUUCCGAUGUUGAGUCUCCAACAUCUGAGAAAAAGAGAAAGCGCGGGAGACGAACUAAGAAGACAAAGCGUAGGCGCACUCCGGUGAAAGAUGAUACCCCCAAAAACGCUAACAUGGACUUCUAUUCAGCAGCACUUCCGACUGAACGGCGCGUCUCGACAAACAAGGACAAAAAGAUCUCUUCCAAGUGGCAGUGGAACGUUGAUGGGACACAGCUCGCGGAUGACGAUGUGGCUGAUGCUUUUCCACGCACAAGCAGUCUGUUUGCCUAUCAUGCAUUGCCUAUCGCUAAACGAAAACUUGGGUCGCAAGCGUCAAGGAAAGAGCUUCGGUGUGAGAUGCAGUCCUUACUCGAUGUUAUGCCUCCGGAUGAGUUUGAGAAGUGGGUGGAGAGCUUACAGAAGCUUCUCAGCGGCGACCGUGAGAUGCUAACGCGACAAGAUGUUGCUGCUUCGAGCGUUGACCGGCAACUCUCUCGUGCCACACCAGCGCCAGUCGACUUGCGUAUGAAGGCUAGAAUCGAUAAGAAAACGAAACCAGGUGAAUCUGGUAGAUUGAGAGGGCGCGCAAUCCAUGUUGAGAACGACUAUGAGGAGGCUUUCGUCAAAUGCGAGACCGCCGAAGGAUCAGUCAAAGUAGGAGAGAACUCCCAGAUCAACCACAUCGCAGAAGCAACGAAGGCCUUUCGUCAUCUGUCUACGGAAGAAUGUGAGCUCGACAGGCCACUCCCCAGAGUAGAGGUAGCAGAAAGGCAGAGAGUUCAGGAUCUACAGAGCAGUGGGAACAUUGACAGUACCUUCGGUAUGCCAGUACUGAGCCUGCUAUGGGGAUCGGACAGCCUGACCGCAACCGAAUGUAUGAACGAUUCCACCAGAAUCACGCAAACGAUCAUGAGUAAUCUCAAACAUCGCAUUUCAGCAGAGCGUAUCGUUGUGAGUGGUUUAGGAGGCAUGAACAAGACUCGCACAACGUCCGAGCUCGAAAAUGCCAUCGCUCAUGCCUUCCCCAAACCUGGACAACACUAUGGCUUCAUGAGAAUCAAGAAGGAUAUCGAAUCGGCACUCAUUCCGUGGGUCAUCGCGGAGCCGAGUGCCUUCCCUGAACUGAAGGCUAUGCCCUUCGUUUUCGCUCACUCUGUUCCAUCUAUUCCAGCUGUCCUUAACAUACUCUUCGGCUCCUGGUCCUCUGUGGCCAGACUGAGUGGAUCUGAGAUGUGGGAGAGCAUCUUACAAGCUCUCCAGACGCGAAGUAUUUGUGAAGUGGGUGUUUCUUUCUGA